GACGAAGCUAGAAUAACGAUUCAAUGGAAUAAUGGUAAAUGUUUGUAUUUGUCAAAGCGCUAUAGCACUUUCGUCGCAUUGUUCGGGUCGAGUUCAAUUAUUCAUACCAAAUAUUGUCGACUCUUCGCAACGAUUCGUGGAGGCGCGUGCCGCCUGAUUGGCACACGACCGGGUAUAUAAGACGGUCUAUGGAAGCGUGAGAACGACUAAUGCCCCAUACUCGUGCCAGUGAAAGUCAACAUUUUUAAAGGCAAAUACUAACAUUCCUCUUCAGUAACAAUGAAAGAAUUUUUUCAACAAAAAGUGAUACGUCUGAAAUAAAGAAAAGGAAAGACUAGGAGCAAGAAAAUAAUUUUGUGCAAUUUCGAAAAAAAAAAUGUAAAAAAGUUCGGAUUUUGACAUGGGACUUUAACUUAGAUGAAAAACAACGAUGCCGAGGUCCUUUCUAGUCAAAAAAGUAAAAUCCGACGAGGAUCGGCAGCCCAAUCAGUACAGGAUCCGGGAUGCCUUCGAGGACUCGGUGGUCAGUCUGAAAGCAGCCACACCCUUCACCCCGGCCCUCCAGCCUCUGUCAGUCCGCAUCAGCAACGGCUACAUUCAAGAUGUCGUGGUUCCAACUUUGCCCCAGAACUCUGCUACCAUCCUAUCAGAUGUCGAUUUACGCGACAGAUACGAGGAAAGGCGCCUUCAAGAGACACCCUCACCGGAACCAGUCCCAGAAAAUAAUUUUGAAGUCGAGGUCCGCACGUCCAUUCCGGGUCUGCAUACAGUAGGGUACACCUACGAUGCAUUUUUUGUCAGCGACGGAAGGUCACGCAAGAAUGCCUUUGGUAUUCCGACUAAACCGCAGAAACAGCGUUACACUUGUAACGAGUGUGGGAAAGAUUACGCGACGUCAUCGAAUCUUUCACGCCAUAAGCAAACACAUCGAAGUCUGGAUAGCCAUUCCGCCAAGAAGUGUCCACACUGUGACAAAGUGUACGUCAGCAUGCCCGCUCUAUCCAUGCACAUUCUCACCCAUGAACUCAAGCAUAAGUGUGACAUAUGCGGCAAAGCUUUUUCCAGACCCUGGUUACUACAAGGUCAUAGGCGGUCCCACACCGGCGAAAAACCCUUCGGUUGCGCGCAUUGUGGCAAGGCUUUUGCUGAUAGAUCAAAUCUUCGAGCCCAUAUGCAGACCCAUUCCGCCUUCAAACAUUUCAAAUGCAAGAGAUGUGACAAAUCGUUCGCGCUAAAAUCAUACCUGAACAAGCACUAUGAGUCUGCUUGCAUAAAAGAUGGAACCGAAUCCGAGACCGGCUCUGUUAUAUCCGAGAUAUCUGCCAUCUCAGAAGUUUCUUGUAAUUCCGACUGCUAAAAUGUACUCUGACCAAAUUAACAGUACAUACAAACUGAAAUCCCCGUGCCAAUAUAUGUGUAUGUUAGAUUUCCUAUCACUCUCUUGUUAAUCUUUGAAUGUAGAAUCUUAAAGAUUUUCAUAUCAAAAAAGAUCAUUUCUUAUUUUCGUAGAACAUUUUACAGUAUUUUUUACAAUUGUUCAUUGUCAACUUGAUCACCACUGUGUCUUCGUAUUGCAAAAAUGUUGUUUAUGUAUAUAACUUUCGUAGAUUAACUAUUAGUGACAACAGUUUUAAGGAAAUAGAGAUAAGUCAAUUAUUAA